UUUAUGGGCGAUGUUUAACAAAUCAUUUUUUAUUUUUUUUCUCCUCCACAAAAUAGAAAAAUAAAAAAUGAUUUUAUGACAUGGGCAAAAUGUUCAUCAAUCUAGUGGUUUCUCUCUCCUCCCCAAAAAUGGCGUUUCUCACUCAACUCCACUCUCUCUCUCUACCCUCCACUUUCCUUCCCAAACCACCUUCUUUCAAUCGCACCUUUUCUCUCUCCUCGAAGACGAAAACCAAGCCACAAUUUACAGCUCAAACCAACAACAAUGGCGGCGCUGCUGUUGUCUGGUUCAAGCAUGACCUUCGAAUCGACGAUCAUCCCGGCAUUGUUUCCGCCGCUUCCAACUUCUCCAAUGUUGUCCCUAUUUACGUCUUUGAUCCUCGCAUUUUAUCCCGUUUUCCUGAUGAAAUGGUAGAACUGCUUCUUCUUGCUGUAGAAGACUUAAGGAGGUCACUUAAGGAGCAUGGUUCCAAUUUGAUGAUCAGAUCUGGGAAUGUGGAAAGCAUCUUAAGAGAACUAGUAAAAGAGAUUAAAGCAACCGUAUUAUUUGCGGAAGAAGAGGUAGAAUAUGAUAUGCGUUCUUUGGUUGCUACUGUUGAUGAUUCCCUAGCAACAGAUGCUGUUCUAGAUUGGAAACCAAAGAUUGAGGUGUGGAGGACGUCUUUUUAUGAUGCAAAGUUGAUGAGCUUAGAUGACUUACCUGCAUUCUUUGGAGAUGUGAAGAAACCUCAACACAAUGAUGUUUCAUUGCUUGGUAUUCCAAGAUUUCAUGGAUGCUUUAUGGACUUGGAUUGGGGUCAUCUUCCCACUAUCGAUGAUGUGUGUACAUUCAUGGACUAUCAUGCAAAUAAAGAAAAAGAACAAUGGAAUUCCAUGAAAUGGAAUUCCAUGAAACACACUUCAGCAGAAGCUGUAUUGAGAAUGGAUCACAUGAAGCUGCUAAAAUCCGGCAGCCCUGUGCCCGGGGAAUCUAGGGUAUCACAAUUAGGGAGCAGCAGUCAAAUUUCCAAUGAAACUCAAAGAAAGAGGCUGAAAAACUCUGUUUUUGGUACAAGUAAAGGAAACAUAGUUGCUGGCGGAACAGAAACUGUAUUGAAUGCAUUGGCUGGGUAUUUGAGAUAUCUGGAAGGAACAGCACGAGAUGACUGGCAAGAGAUUCACCUAAAGUUGAGGGAGACUGAAAUCCGAACUGGAGCUUCAUUUGGAGCUCUUUUUGGAUCUGCUUUGCAGCUUGGCACCAUAUCCCGUAGGAGAGUAUAUUAUGAAGCAAUAAGAUAUGAGAAAGAACGAAAUGGUGGGUUUUUAUCUCCAUUUGGGUAUUCUACGACAACAGUUGCUGCUGCCAUUGAUGCAGUAUGCUCAAUAGAGUGGUAUUGGCUUCUGAGUUUGAAAAGCUUAUCUCAGAGGGAAGAACCGUACUCUAAAAGACUGUGGAGAUGGAAUGGCCACCUAAUUCAGUACACAGUUGUUGGUUGUGAAGGGCCUGCUGUUCUUCUUGUCCAUGGAUUUGGGGCUUUCUUUGAGCAUUAUCGUGACAACUUGAGUAAUAUAGCUGAUGGUGGGAAUCGAGUUUGGGCUCUUACUCUUUUAGGCUUUGGACGGUCUGAAAAGCCAAAUAUUGUUUACAGUGAGCUCAUGUGGGCGGAAUUAUUACGCGACUUCAUUGUUGAGGUUGUGGGUGAGCAAGCACAUCUUGUUGGAAACUCAAUUGGUGGAUACUUUACUUCAAUUGUUGGUGGUCUUUGGCCUUCACUGGUCAAAUCUAUUAUUCUUAUGAACAGUGCUGGAGAUGUUUUUCCAGGAUUUUCCUCUCUGCUAUUCUUUAAGGAAAGACAAAUUUCUGGGGCUGCUUGGUUGGGAUCAAGAGCAAUUCUGCAAUACUUGAGAUUUAGCAUAAGAAGCCUCGUUAAAAAUUGCUACCCUACUCGACCUGAAAGGGCUGAUGACUGGCUCAUCAAGGAAAUGCUUAGAGCUUCAUAUGAUCCUGGCUCGGUAGAGGUUUUAGAGAGUGUAUUCAGCUUCAAUUUGUCCAUUCCUCUUAAUCAUCUUUUAAGCAGAUUAACGGGGAAGGUUUUAAUUAUACAGGGAAUGAAAGACCCAAUAGCUGAUCCUGGUUCCAAGCUUGCUAUGUUCAGAGAGCACUGUGAAGGAAUCAUGAUCAAGGAGCUUAAUGCUGGCCAUUGCCCCCAUGAUGAGUGUCCAGAUGAGGUCAAUGCUAUGAUCUGUGAAUGGAUAUCAGAGAUUGAGAGCAAAAUUCAUUCUGAGAGCUUUGAUUCAUCAAUCAGCUCACCAUGCACAUAACACAAUUAUGCUACCAUAACCGUGUAAAAAAUAAAGCCCGAUAGCAAACACAAUUAUUUAGCCAUUGGGUAAUACCAUUGAUUUAGUUCGAAAAUUAUUAGGAUGACUGUGUAAAGUAGCUCAAGCUUGACAUGGACAAACAUGUGAUACAAGUAUUAUUAACCUAUCAUUUAGAAAAGGGUUCUUACUCGCA